AUGCUGCUCAUAAAACAGCCGCUUGGACAGACGCUUCUUUUGCUACGGCAGUCUCAUUCUUUAUCUUGCCUAUACAAAGCAGGAAGAGCAUUUGACCGUCGCUCUAGUGAAGAGCACGGUAUUGAAGUUCUAAACAUGAGUCACCGAUUUCCGAUUGAAGAGGCGGUAUUUCCACCAUUGCGAUUAUCCGAGUCUGCCAAGGACAAAUUUAACAACACAGCAUCAACGCACCUCACAAUGGCGUUGCGUGAAUACGAUAAGUAUCGGUCGUGGCAACUGUCGCGACCGCCAAAUCUCCGGUAUCAGCUUCAUCCGGCUAUGUGGAAGCCCAUUAAAACAUGCGAGCAACUCACUGUCUAUCGUAAAGUACUCGUGGAUGAUUCAAUGGCAGCCGUACCUGCCGAAGGAUUACGACGACGAGCAUACAGUCGAUCGCUUGAUGCACUGAGAUUGGAAAGAGCCAUCGACUCCGUCUCAUCCACUACAAAAGAAUCUGUGACUGGUUUUUCAUGGUCAGAGGAUCGAACGAGCAGUAGUGAGUGGAACAUGCCUACGCUACUUCAAGUGGGAACAAUUGAAGGCACAUUGGACGACAUCAUGUACAGCUCCGUCUCAUUCGAUGCACUUGGGACAUUAAUUGAGUCGAUGUACACUACCGAAGAUAUUGUGGAUGCUGAAACUCUAUAUGAACUCGAAAGUCCGACUAAAGAAGAGCCGUUUCGGUUUCGUGGAAUAAAGUGGGUCGUCAAGUCCACUCCAUCCACGGUAAAAGCGUUUUUGUGGCCUCGAGACCUUCUAUUUCUCGCAGCUACUGGUACGCUAAAUCGACCAGAUGGUGAACGAGUGGGAUAUCAUUUGAUGCACUCGAUCGAUCUUGGUAAAGGUUUUGGUCCACUCGAUGGAAAGCGGAUCGUACGUGGUCGAGUCUCUUCUUGUUAUUUCUAUCGCCAGAACUCUCCAAACACUGUAGAUGUUUACAUGAAGACCAACUUUGAUCCGAAUGGAUUAGUGCACGAAAGCGUCGCUUUACUCUCGGCUGCGACGAGCCUCACUCGUUGUAUUAAGUCGUCACUAUGUGCUCAAAACAAAAAAUUAUCGUGGCUAUUAGCUCAUCCAACGACUAACGAGAUGGAAGCAGGAUCUGCACGACCGAACAAUGUCCGAGCAAAAAAGCGCAAUGACUGUUCAGUGUGUACGAGAUCGAUUGGAGCCUUUUCGCGAUGCUACUCAUGUCGAGUUUGUAACGCACGUGUGUGUUCCACCUGUUGCGUUAAAAAGAAACUAGGAUUUCCUGGCCCAGCAUACAAGACUGUUGAACAGCGGGUGAUCAUUGUUUGUACGCACUGUCUCACGUAUGUUCGAAAACUGAACGCAUCGGAAAUCGCCGAGCAAGAUGUUAAGGAGCGACAACAUUUGAAUCAACGAAAUGGCUUUGUUCAAGGAGCGCAAGUCUUAUCGCGCAACAACCGAAGUAACAGUCGACCUGAAGUCAACAGGCAACGACGUGGCACUAUCGCUGAACGUGCUACUAACGAACAGGAUUCAAAAGAUUCAGACGAUGAAAAGGUAUUUCUUACGGCUCCUGGUCGGACAAACCGAACACUAUAUCAGUUUGACUUCGAUGACCUGACUGUACAGUCUUCUACAUUGAAAAAUAACGACGUUUCGGGGGUUGUCCUACUGCCUUUAGCCCCGGAACCAAGCCAAACUCGCACAAAAGCUAUGAAGUCGCGGAGUAACAGCCAACAGAUGGGAUCAAUUACAAGCAAGAGCAAGCCUGAUGUGUUAAGCAUGAAAGUCAACAAAAAGGAAUCAACCGACUGUUUCGUGAAAGAUUCUGUGGAAAUGUCGAUGCAGCAAGAUGUGCCAGUGCUCGAUAAUGCACUUCCUACAGCUGAAGUGCAGUAUGCUUGGGGAGAGGUUGUGCCGUCUCCAACUAAUAAUAAUUUAUCUGAGACUUUAACACCGCCAAUAAAGAAAAUGGAGAAUAUGUGGUCGAGUGGUGAAGAACAAAGUGCAACGCCAUCCAUUUUGCAGCCAACGUCGAUUCCUCGUAUUCACGCUGGAGCCUCGGCUCAAGAAGUGCUUGCACAAUUCGCGGAACUUUGUAACGCUGCUGAAAAUGUGUUGCAAGCCGCACGAAAACACACAAUCACGGUUUUAGAUCCAACAAUGCUCACGUGUCAACAGAAUACGAGAUUUGAUAUGAGUGCCGUCGAUUGA